GGCAUUGGGACUGGACUCAUGUCGCUCCCUGCCGCUUCUAAUGCAAGCCACACCUGGGUUCAAAUGGCUUUUGAUUAGGUGUGCAAUUUAUUCAACAAAAUGACCACCCACGUUGUGCAUCGACGGCUGACACCUCAUAAACAACAGAAGUCCCAAAACUCAUGGGCGGAGAGAUGUUUGAGCAUGCUAUUAAUAGCCGCUUCCGUAGCCCUUGGAUGCGCUGUCGUUAGCGCCUUGUUGCGGACCUUUCAACCGUUCUCGGCUUCUUUGCCGGUGGUGCUGCAACCUAAGGAGUCGCAAAACGCACCUGGACUUAGCACGCAGCUUGUCUUCAAGGAGCCCAGCCCCGAGGAGGUCUCGCGGCUCCGCAAGGCAGCACAAGUUCUGGAUCCAGAGCUCAUGGAACAGAUACCGGAGGCUUUCAACAGCAGCGUAAGGAACCCCUGCUGGACCAGCCCAAGCGGCGAGUUCAAGUGCUUGCCGUACUUCUACGUCACUGGCUUGUUUCAUGCGGGUGGCCUUACCCUGGGCAACAUGCUGCGGGAGCAUCCGGAGGUGGUCGUGGACGCCUGCACGGGCUGCCAGUUCUGGGGCGAGGAGGGCAAAAAGAUGGGGUUCUACCUGGACCACAUGCGCGAGGCGGCCAAGGCCAUCCAGGCGGCCCCGGAUACCAAGGUGCUUAUGGACGGAUCCGCCUCCACGUUUGCCUUUUACUGGGCAGGCGGGGGCAAGGCGCACAGGGGUUUCGCGGAGGCCAUGCAGCCCUGCUACCGCAGCUGCGUGGACUCCAUGCACAAGGACAAGGUGCCGGUGGAGGAGUGCAUGGACAAGAAGUGCUAUAACAUGAGCCUGGCAGCGGAUGUGCAGCGCGCCGUCUCCGCCGGCAUCGAUUACGAUACAGAGGCGCACAACCCGCUGCUGGUGCGGGCAGUGUACGGCAACCGCCCGCCCAAGAUGAUCCUGGUGGUUCGGGACCCCAUCCCGCGCCUCUACUCGGCCUUCAUGGGCUACCCGCACUACUACGGGAAAUACGGCAAGACCAGCGCCGGGUUCACUGCCUACGUGAAGGAGCAGGUGGGCGCCUUCCGCACCUGCGCGGCCAGCUACGGGGAGCGCCGCUGCGCGCUGCUGUUCGAGGCGUUGGGCGCGCGCGAGGAGAAGGUGUACUUCCAUGCGGAUCAGCUGAUGCGCGGCAUGUACGGGCUGUUCCUGGAGAUCUGGUACCGCUUCAUCCCGCCCACCAACUGGAUGGUUGUCCACUCGGACGACUUCUUCAGCCAGCCCAAGGACACGCUCAAGCGCGUGAUCGACUUCCUGGGGCUCAAGCAGGUCGACGAUGCAGCACUGGAGAAGAUGCGGGCUGCCGGCAAGCCGAACACCUACACCACUGGCCAGCCGCCUAUGGAGCCCGAGGCUCGGAAGCUGCUAGCGGAGCUGUACACGCCGUACAACUCCAUGCUAGCGAAGCUGACGGGCGAUAAGCGGUACGAACAGUGGAACCAGCAACCGCCGGCGCAGCAGGCAUGAGCACAGCAGCGACGACAGUGGCAGCUAUAGGGGGGUGUGAGUCUAGGCGUGCGACGUUGCUGUAAGGUCAUGUGUGUCCGGCGGGGAGGAGGCGCACUGGUCCGUCUCUAGAUUCGGUUCUUGAACAGCAGAAGCUGGUGCGGGCGAGCGCGCGCUUGCAGGUCGAAGAAGUGCAUGGUGUGUUUGCGUGGUUGCGGGUUUACAUGCAUGCGCCGACAGGCGCUGAAUGGGUUACCUGUGCCUUACUCUUUUGGGGUGGUUAAAUUGCAUGAAUACUGACCUCUACCCUAACAGUUAUAGCGGCUUUGAUUGUUCCCGGGUCUAGUAAGACGGGGCCCGUGUUCAGAAAACUAGCCGCGAGUAGGAACGUACUGGGCCCGUGUAUGGUUUGGCACUUGGCUCCGUGCUAGAGCCCUGACGCGGUGAUCGGGGAUGAGGCUAUGUGAUCUCGGUUGCCCGCUCUUGGUUCCAUUUAUGCCAUGGUGGUUUACUACUUUCGUGAUAAUCCGCUUGUAGUACUGUGUGCGUGCGGCUCGUAUUUUCGGGGAUACGGUAGGAUCACUAAUCACUAGGCACAUGCAGCCGGACGUGUGGUAACUGAAGCCGCAGAACCGACACCUGGCGACCCAACACAUGUGUGUGUGUGUGAUUAUGUAAGUGGGCUGCUGACCCGGUCUGAGGCUGGCUUUGCACAGGGGUAUGCCCGGGCGUUUAGCUUGGAGGCCCCCACGAAGUCCCACGUGGCUGUAAGUAAACGCACCGAGACCGUCCGGGUUGUCCAUGUAUAUGGCAUGUGUG